AUAAUAUUUUUAGUUCUCAAUUUUCAACAAUAUGUAGUAUUCAAACAUAUCCACAUCUCAUCAACUAAUUUAUGAAAUUGUGCGCAAAACAUUAGGCAAAUGAGAGAGGGUGGUAAUGGUGUAAAGAAGGUUUAAAAAAAAGUGCCUUGUCGGAUAAUGUAUGUACUUUAACCAGGAUGUUUGGUGUUCUGUAACAGAACUUGUUUCUUUGUGUGGAAGUAGAGCAAAAGCGAAAAGUCAUGCUUGCCAUCAGUAAAGGUCUCAUUGACACACUGAAAAUCAGAGGAUUUGCUUGGCAUAAUAGUCUUUCCAUAACACAAAAUGUUAAUUUAAGUACUAGAAGUGGCCCCAAGCCCUGUAUGAGUUGCCAGCAUCUGAUACGGUAUCCUGCAAUAUGUGGGUUCAUAAACAACUGAGUGUAACUCACCUUAGUAGAGAAUUAAAAGUAAAAGGUGUCGCCAAGAUUACUUGCCUCCAAUACUUAGCUUAUGUUCGAUUCUUUGCCCUGUACAUGAAUCAUUCUUGAAGUUCUCAUGAAGUCAUCCUCUCUCCCAUUAGCAAUAAUAACUGCUCUACAUAUUUCCCCUCCUAAUCUUCGUCAUUGCCCAGGCACGAAUAUCCAUAAUAGCCAUGCUGCAUCAGGAACGUGAUAGCGACCCUGAUCAGCAACCUGAAACCAACCCUUAUUUUCGCCCACUGUCACUAGACCAACGUUCCCAGCGCCCACCAUCGCAAGACCAACGUUCCCAGCGCCCACCGUCACAUGACCAACGUUCCCAGCCACCCUUUUCACAGGGACAGCCACCCAAUCAAUGGCCACAACCACCUUCCAAAAAGGGAAAAAAAUCCAAGCAGGGUGGUCAAGAGCAACGCCAGCCAUCGCGUCCACGGCAACAAGAUCAACAGUCCCCUGGGUCUGCAGACCAUUUUCCCCUGAAUGCUGCUCUGCCAUCUAGCCAAUCGAAGCCAAAUCAGCAACGUCUCAACUCACAAGACCCCUCUUCACCGCCACCUGUCCCAUCUACCCUGCCUUCUGGCCAAAGGACGCAAAAUGAGCAGCCCCCGCCACAUGGGUCUUCAUCGCCACCUAACUGGAGGCAACAUCCGCAGCGGCAGGGUCAAUACCAAUCAGGCCUGACGAUAUUGCCACGAGAGCAUCAUCAUCGACACAAACCUUUAAUGUGGUUUCUUGCAGUGUUCUGUGCAAUUCUUUGGGUUGUCAUAAUCGUAGGAGGCCUAAUUGUCCUCAUAGUCUAUCUUGUUUAUCGGCCACGGCUCCCCCGGUUUGAUAUAUCUGCUGCCACCUUGAAUGCAGCCUAUCUUGACAUGGGCUAUCUGCUCAAUGCUGAUGUUACUAUGCUCGCAAACUUCUCAAAUCCAAACAGGAAAGUGAACGUUGAUUUCAGUUACAUGUACAUUGAUCUAUACUAUGGAAGUACCCUUAUUGCUACUCAAUAUGUUCCACCAUUCUACGCCACACGGGCCCAAUCCAAGUUUGCUUAUAUUCAUAUGGUGACUAGUCAGGUUGGGAUUCCACUGGUAGCGGCUCGAAGGCUUAAGAAGCAGAUAGAAGCUGAUGGGGUCCAGUUUCAAGUGAAAGGUUAUUUCAGGGCACGAUCUACUUUGGGGAGGCUCCUAAAAUACUCGUAUUUGUUGCAUACUCAUUGCUAUAUUCUCAUGUCUGGACCUCCUACCGGGGCUUUGAUUAGGAGCGAAUGCAAAACGAAACACUGAAGAAGCAUAUUGGAUUAUUAUAAACACCAUCCACACUUAUGACGUUUGGGCACUCAUGUAGCCGUGGACCGUGAGUGUGAAUUGCUUUUCUCGGACUAUAGAGAGUAUUAUUUCGCCAUAUGCUACAACAUCGAGUAAUUUUUUUCGUCACAUUACCAAAA